AUGCAGUCACUGGUUGAGCCGAAGUAUGGAGUUCCACUGGACCUUGCGCUGAGCUUCCUGACUUGGCGCGAGUUGGUGCCGGCCUCCGCCGUCUGCUCCGCUCUUCUGGCAGAGUCGCGGCCGCUCGGCUGCGGCACCUGGGGGCCGCUCGGCGCGCUGCCCACCAGCGACGGGGCCCUUCGCUGGCUCGCCAGGCGGGCAGCUCGCAGCGUUGGUGGAGGGCUGGAGUUCCUGAAGAUCAGCGACACGGCCUGCCGCCACACAGAUGCUGGAGCUUUGGCCGUCUCCAGUGUCUGCGAGACACUGAGAGUCUUGCAUUUCCACAGCAAGGUGGCCCGAGCAUGCGAGCCACGGCUUACACCCAGGGCCUUGCAGGCGCUGUUGGGCCAUGGGCGACCAGCUCUAAGCCGAGCGGUUCUCCAUGGAGAUGCCGUGACGGAUGCAGCUUUGGAGAUUCUUGGCGCUGGCUGCCCGCGCUUGCGAGCUUUGUGGCUCAGCUGCUCCGCACAUGUCUCUGGAGCCGUCUUGAGGAAGGUGGUCAGUUCAGCAACGUGCUUGGAGGAUUUGCGCCUGGACAGCUUGUUGAAAGUAUCCGGCUCUGACUUCGUGCACGCCAUUGCCGCGCAGCCAUUGCGUUGCUUCCUCGUGGCUGACGCGCCAGAGUUUCCCACCUUGCUGUCGGCUGUGGAGGUUGGCCGCUGGCAGGCCAUGCGGCGCCUGGGUAUCUUGUUCGAGGCUGGCUGCCCUGCAGCCAUGGUGGGCUUUCGCUCGCUGGAGGCAGACGCCGCCUUGGCGUUGGGUUCGUUACCAAUGCUGGAGGCCUUGGCCGUAGCGAACGUCCACGUUGGAGACGCAUUGCUGCAGUCCUUUUGGCAGAGACAUGUGCAACUGGCACCAGCAACUUCCAGAUCUGUGCUCCGGUCGCUGUCGCUUGAGGGUGCCCACGGAGCAACCUUACAAGGAAUUUGGAAUCUUGUGCGCGCCCUCGGACGUGGAAUGGAUCUACAGUGUGGGGAGUUGGAUGAGCUGCAGCUAACUGCAAGCCCCGAGUGCCCCAUCGACGACCAUGCGCUGGAGAAGAUUGUGGGCUGCGGGAUCCGUUUCCUGACUCUUGAAGGUGCCAACAUUAGCAAAGCGGGGAUCUGCCGCUGUGUUGGAUUGCAAGCGCUGCGAUCCAAGUCUUGUGCUAAACUGGACUUGCCCCCAAAGCCACGGCUAGGCCCAGCAGCCGGGCGCAGAGAAGUUUCCCGACGAGGGGGAACCAAAGAAAGUGCCAAUGGAAUACCUGGAAUGGGCACGGGAGCGUCUGACUUGCUGCCGGACGUCCGGCUUCUGGGACCUGACCAACAGCUGUGCUAUUGGUGGAACAAAGGCUACAAGUACGACGACCUCAGUUGGUACGGCCUCGAGCAUGUGACAGCAUGA